GAGAGGGUGAUUUUGGCGCUAAAUUGUGCUUCUGGCUGUCUGCCAGUCAUUCAAGUGAAGGCAAAUAGAGGAGUUUUCUCCCUUGGUCUUUUAAGUCUCGAUUUUGUCUAUUUGCUUUGGAGUUGAGCGUGUUUAUAGGCGUACAUGCCUAGAGAAGUGCAUUUAUAUGGAUCUACAAGUGCUCGUUAAUAAACAUAGAUAUGACAUGUUUAUAAAAGUGCAUUUUUAUAGUUUUCUAGAGGUUUGAAUAACACAGAUUGUUGUGUCUAAUGUGGCGUUUUCUUAUGCUAAAUGUAUUUAUCAAUUUUGUUACUUAGAUCAAAGGAUCAUUAGUUCUUGAGCUAAAGGUUGUGAUAUAAGGCACAGAUUGCACACAGAAAGUUAAACAAGACACAAGAUAAAAAAUAAGCCUUGUCUGGAAUAUAAAACAACCACCGCAUUUCUCUCUAGGUCUGUAAUGUGUGUCACUUUGUAAUACUGAAGUGGCGUGUUCAUGUUAUUACGGAAGUAACAACUGCUGUGAUAUUACCUGGUUAUAGUUCUUGCUGGAAUAAAGUUCGUUAUUAUAAUGAUGUUAUAUAAAGUUAUAGCGGAGACAAUACCACGCGAUUUAGUGAUGGGGUAAAGUUACUUCUCCCUCUCCCCCCCCCCUCUCCCCAAAAUGUCGGCUGUUCCCAAGUCUUCUCUGGCCUCCCCUUCUCCUGUGGAUGAUGACGGUGAUUCAGUUGUGGAUACUGAGGAAGGAAGUGACCAGGAGGAAGUCAACGUCCACUUUGAGGAUUCGUUUGAAAGUGGUGAACCGAGUCAACAGAAUGUCCGGUUGGAGGAGCACAUCAAACUACAGCACCUGGAGCAGCUGAUGUAUGCCUUCACCACCCACAACCCAGAGGACAUCCUGGUCCAGGAAGGUACGGGUUACUUCCCAGCGAAGGUGCAAAAGAGGUCACCGGGUUGCAUGAAUCUCCAAGAAUUCAAGGACACAAUAUUUAAAAUACUUGGCACAGCGGAAUAUGACGAAUAUCUGGAGAAAUUAUUUAUGAAGCUAGAUACUUCGGGGGAUAAUUACGUGGAUUGGAAUGAGUUUUGUUCUCAUCUCUUGGUGCUGUACAGAGAAAAUGAUUAUCUCCGGAAAAAGAAUGACAUCCCGUUUAUGGUGGAACCGAAGAUACGACACAUCGUACACAACAAGCAAGAACAAACCACUAAAGUUGUAGCAGUGCAGGGGCCUGUACGAUAUGUGACUAUUAGUAAAGAGGGCGCCAUGAGCGUCUGGCAGCCCAACAUGGUGAUGGAGAAGCAUUACUGCAUAGCCGACCUCGAGGUGGAUCCCAGUUCUCAGAAAAGGCGUUUUAAAAUGUGGGUCACUGACGCAGUCUACAUGCCCAACUGUCAGAAGGUGGCCAUCGCCUCAACCAGCCGAGACAUACGUUUCUAUGAUGUCUCUUCGUCUCAAUACUUUGAGGAGUAUCAUUUGUUUGCCAUGACAGAUGUACCUUACUCUUUCGACUACUAUUAUAAUGUCAAGCAACCCAACUCUGAAUCUUUCUUAGUCUUUGGCGUGGACACUGGCUCCAUUCACAUUCUCACAUUUCAUAAGCCGGUCAAUCAACUUUUUGAGAACCCGUUUAAAAAUGAUGGCGGAGUUCAAGAAAUAUUUAUGCAGGAUCUUCCUAACCACAGCCAGUGGGUCAGUCACAAAGUGUUGACUGAUAUACACCCGGAGCUUGUCCGUCAAGUCCGUUACUUGCCUGAGAACGAGGCCAUCAUCUCCAGCUCGGGAUCCCCCAGGAACUCUCUGGUCAUCUGUGACGUCACUGCCAUCAAGAAGUCCUAUGUUUUUAAGUUGGAGAAGGCAGUAGAGUGUUUUGACCACAAUAAAAAUAUUAACCUGUUGGUCACUGGCAGCGGCGACCACAUCGUCCGGCUCUGGAACCCUUACGUCACAACGAAACCUACUGCCGUCUUGACUGGACACAACACCGGCGUCAUAGGCGUAGCCAUCCAUGAGGGCUUUAGACAAGUGUUUAGCUACUCUAAAGAAGCAGUCAUCAAAGUCUGGGACAUCAAGGAACACGUGUGCCUUCAAACUGUCGCCAUCAAAUUUCCAUCGGCACUUAACGGCCGUAUGCCGGAGCAUGGCCAGUUUCCUGUUCACCUACAGGGGCCUCCAUACAGUGCCUUUGUUGUCACGUGCAACGACUAUAUCGCAGUCCUGCGACUGGGCAAAGUCGAGAGUACAGUUGACAACCAGGAAGUCACACACGACACUCAGCUGUGCAGCGCCAUCUACAAUAAUUUCCUUAAGCAGGUUGUCACCGGAUGUGAUUCGUCCACCAUCUCUGUCUGGGACAUCGAGACAGGCAGCCGGUCACUCGUGUUAGCCAACGCUCACGGUGAUGAAGAAAUUACCUUCCUAGCCUUUGACUCCACAGACCGACGACUGUUAUCUGGAGCCAGGAAUGGAACUGUCAAGGCUUGGAACUUCCAGAAUGGACACAAUCUGCACAAUUUAGAGUCUGUUGGUGAGCACGAGGUAACUGGUAUUUUACAUCUGCCAGAUAAAAAGGUUAUACUGACCGUGGGAUGGAACCAGAAGAUAGUGACGUAUGACGACACGGACCCGGAUAGUGCUAACUUAUCUGCUAAUGACAAAUGGAAAGGGGGACAACUGCACACUGAUGAUAUACUCACUGCAGAUUUCGCUCCACCAAACUUUCUAGCAACAGCAAGCUUUGAUGGAGAAAUUAUCGUCUGGGACGUAGAUACAGAGAAGAUCUACGUCAGGCUCAGAAAGGGACAACCACAAACUAUUUCCAAGAGAAUGGAAGCCUUAAAGUCUGGUGUCUCUGGUCUGGAAGACAGGAUUGAGUCUCAGGCUACCACUGCUACACUGAUGUCAAGACCAAACUCAAGACACAGGCUGUCUCAUAAAGUGGAAAAGGGACAAGUUGCACCAGUGGACAAGCUCAUGUUCCUGAAGGCUAGAGCAAGCGUCCGAUUUACAGAGAGCGCAGUUCUAAUCUCAAGUGAAGCCGGGAAACUGAGGUGGUGGAACAUAUCAAUCUCCAACAAAGAAAUGGGUUACUUCUAUGUCCCUAACUGUCCAGAUGAGUCUGUGCUGGCCAUGUGUUCUACAGCCAACGAUAGCCUCCUGAUUACUGGAGAUACACAAGGCGUCAUUAAAUGUUGGAACAUCAGCAGCUACUGCAUUCAAAAUGAAGGGUACAUCGUCAAGAAAGUGGCCCCACUAGAAGUGUGGUGGAAGGCCCAUGACUCGGCCGUCGUGAGUGUUGAGUACAUCCAGCACGACUCGGGCACAUUUGUCCUUACAGCAUCUACAGACAGGACAGCAAGGUUGUGGUCUCCUGAAGGUCACUACAUUGGAACAUUCGGCCAGAAAUCUCCAUGGAAUCUAAAGAUCACGUCAACUUGGGCUCACCCUAAGACUCCGUGGUCCAAAGAACAAGACCACCUGACAGACAAUUCAGAAAGGACUACUUCUAAUGACAACAUAGUCGACGUCUUGGAGACAGCAAGUGAGAAUCUGCCCAACGAACGGGAACGCAGUGACCUGAAACAUUUCUCUCGCAGCGGAACGGAGUCUUCAGACACUUACAACAAACCCACAUUUUUGGGAGUGAAGGUAGAAAAAGAUUUGGAGCGACGUCAGAGGGACCGCCAAGGCCGAAGGGCUCAGUUCGGUGAGAUCCUGCCUCAGAGCACAUCACAGUUUGGUAAACAGUGCUCACCUUAUCACGCACUGACCACACCAACUUGGAGUGAGGUCCAGGUUCCAGAGUUUCUCCCAUUGCCUCAAAGGAUGAAGAACAAGGGCUAUUCAGAGACAAACUUGACCAAAGAGGACGUCAUCAACAUGGACUUCUCCUUUGGUCUUCCCGACCCGCCACCAGUGGCCCCAAGUGUGCAGACAGGUCCUAAAAAGUUGUCCACAGUCCAACAGCCUCCAUCUCGAGGGGAAAAGGGACUUAAGCCGAGUUCCGUCACGUCUGGAAGAGGCAGAUCCAGUUAUGAACAAAAGUCUACAGCUGGUAAAAAAACAUCAGCUGUGCGCUAAAGAAAUGAAACAAACUUUUAUGCAAUAAAAUGUCAAUGGAUGAUCUAAAAACGUUUAUUAUGGAUAAGAAUUAAUUUUGUGAUCUAAAAUAGUUUCUUAUUGAUCACUAUAAAUCUUUAAUUUUGUUGACUUUGUCUUUUUAUUUUUCACCUUCUCUUGUUUACAACACUAAAACAAAAUACAGCAUUUAUCUUUGUUAGAAUAUAUUUUUUUAUAAUUUGCAAGUCCUUAGCAUUUUUAAAAUUCAUACGUGUAAGUCAUAACUUCAUGGAAUCUGGAUCCAAGAACCUGGACAGACGAUCUCAAAAACGUCUUUAACGAUUUUCCUAUAAAAUUAACAGGUGAUGUAUAUCGCAGAGAAAAGAAUUACCAGCGCGUUGUUAACACGGGGAAAACUCUAGUUUGACCGUAUAAUUUUUUUAAGGAAAAAAAUAAAUAAAUGUAAAUUUGACUGAAGACUAUAUCUAAGUUUAGGGCCAACAUGGCGUAGUCAGCCUCAAGACCGUAAUUAUGCAAUAACUGAGUACAUUUAAAAUUUUACGUAAAUCUAAUAGAGAUUACAUCUAGAUUUAGAUCUAGAUUUUAAGAUUUCCAAAUCAGAACCUUAGGUGUUAGAUCUAAGAGAUCUCUAGAUGUCCAUGUAAUGAACAUACCAAUAAAUAAUCCCACAACGCUGGGCAAUGAGAACAUGCGUAAGUUCUAGCAGUUGGCGUUGUCACGGGUUCGUUACCCGAAUUGAACCAACAUUUUUUAAAAUUAUUUUUUAAAAUUAUUUUAUUAUAUUUGAAGUUUAAUAAUGGAGGUAUUGCCUUUAAAAAAAUAUUUUAAAAAUCUCGAUUCUGUUUAUUAGAUAAAAUCACACGCACUUCUUAAACUAGUUAAUGAUUUUGUAAUGGCAUUACGGUAGGAGUUUAGAAGUCUUUAAUGUCGGAAUUAAAACAUUACCGACUAAGUUUUUUUUUCAAGUACAAUACCAUUACACCCCACCAAUCUUGUGAUUCCCACAUUAUCGAGGUUUUGAGGAUCAUCCAUGAUCAUUUACGUUGUGCAUUGGUCUGUGUAAGUCUUACCCAUUGAGUUAUUUGGGAUCUCUCUGUAUGUUGUGAGCAUCUAAUUGAAUGUUAUUGAAAAUUAACAUAUAUGUAUUUAAAUGAAACUUAUAACACGGAUGAUUUAAUCCUUUUGUUUUAAAAAUAAUUUAUAAAUAAAAUAAUGUUAUAUACAAAUGCUACACCAUUGGGACACUUUCUAUUUUCUUGGGACCUACUCUAAAAUGAACUGUAGCUCUGUUUAAGAAGUCUUUUCGAUGUAUAUUGAAUAUUUUUCUAUAUAAGAUUAUUUCUCUUUAAUUUGACCAUGGUAAAAAUAAUUCCCCUUCUCUCUGUAUCAUGUCCCAGUCUAGAAAUAUAUUUUUUUUUGCUUUUCUCCAUUUUAAAAUCUCCAGUCAGUAUCAAAGUUGACAAAUAGGGGAAAAAAUGAGCUUAAAAUAAGAGGAAAAAAGCGCUCGCUCUCUCACGAGAGAGAGAGAGACAGAGAGAGAGAGAGACAGAUAAAAAAAAAAAGAAUAAGUGAGUGCGUAAGUGUGAGAGAAAGUGAGACAGAUAAAGAGUUAAGAAGCUAACAAAUAAAAAAGUUCAAGUGAAUAAACGAACUAAAUAAGAGAAUACUUGAUCGAUUUUGUGAGCUAGAAACUCGAACACUCGCUGUAUGUAAGGGCGGAACAAAGGAAACAUCAAGAACUAAUUUAAAGUGGCAGAUCAAUCGAUUGACUUAUUAAGUAUUAGAAUAGAGACAUUUUUGUUCAGUCUCUUUAUCUCUUGGUUCAGCAGGAAAUGUGACUUGUCCUAGCCAGUAGACUGGAUACCUCCUGUCAUGAUCUGUUGUACUGAUAACAGUGGACGGAUAGCAACAUUUGUGACUUUAUUUGACUGUUGACUACAUUCAUUCUACAUUCUGUUUAGAAUCUGUACACUAUGAACUGAUGGUCCAAUACGCGAAUAUACAACUUAGCGAUGAAUACAAACAAUCUAGUGUGUCAUCCUAAGAAAAGUUAUUAAUGACUUACUGGUUGGUUGAAUUGUUAAAUCAGCAUUGUCAUUUCUGACCUAUAGAUCUUAAAAUUGAAUGGUUGAUUUUCCAUUGACGCAUGAAUGCAUCAGAUGUACUUUAAUAGACUAACGGUCUUUUUUCUCUUUGUUAUUUGUUGAAUUCUGUGCAGUGCACAGUAAGAAGACACACUUUUUUUCUUUUGGGAUAAAAUAAAACUUUGGAAUAGUAUUGACACAUUUAUUUCUUGCUAUGUUCUUCUUAAUAUUGAUUAUAAUUAUUUAUCAUUGAAUAAAUCGUUUAAUUAGA